GCGUGAAGUUCAUUUCAGGAGACUCGUCUUUUCUCGUGUUUCGAACUGUUUAAAGUAUAAUUUCUGUAGGAGGAGGGACUGGGCACGGGGGGCAUUUUUUUCUGUAGAAGUGAAUGUUAUUUAAAUUCUGCUGUGCAUUUUGGAGUAAGGUCGAGUGCUGCAAAGAGAGAGGAACGGGUUGCGUAAGAAGAGUUGCGGCCUGACGUUCCGCUGGCACCAUGGCGCUCGCGUUGAGGCUGUUGGCAGGGUGGCCGGGUGCCCUUGCCCGGGCCCGCGCAUCGUGGCCCCGAGUCUGGCCGGGACAGCGGGUCUGCUGGCGGUUUAUCAGACCCUGCAUUGGGAGAAGUUCUGGAUAUCAAGACAAUAUGUCAACUUUUAGAUUGCUCUGUUCAAAGCAGCCAAAAGGUUUUGAGAAGUAUUUCCCCAAGAAUAGGCAGUCAGCAGAAUCAAAAGCUGGUGACGAGAAUGCAAAGUCAAAGGAGUCUGGAGGAAGUACUGGAGGUGGACCAGGAGGCAGUAGUAAGAAAAGUGGGAAAAAAGGGCAAUCCACAUGGUGGAACCGAAUACAGAAGGGAGAUAUUCCAUGGGAUGACAAGGAAUUCCGGUAUUUAGCUGUGGGGAUGGCUGGACUUCUCUCUGGAUUCAUGUAUUUCUACUACCGAGAUCCAGGCAGGGAAAUAACUUGGAAAGAUUUUGUAAACUACUAUUUGACACGAGGUAUGGUUGAUCGCUUAGAAGUUGUCAACAAGCAGUUUGUGCGAGUGAUUUUCAACCCAGGAGCCAAAAGUGAUGCUAGCUAUGUAUGGUUUAACAUCGGAAGCGUGGAUACAUUCGAGCGCAAUUUGGAAACUGUGCAGCAGGAGAUUGGAAUAGAACCAGCAAACCGUGUUGCUGUGGUGUAUAACACAGAAAGCGAUGGUUCAUUCGUGUUAAGUAUGUUCCCCACCCUGUUGCUGAUUGGCUUUCUGCUGUACACACUGCGGCGAGGAUCUAUGGCAGCCGGUCGUGGGGGACGAAGUGGUGGACUCUUCAGUGUGGGGGAGACAACAGCAAAGAUGUUAAAAGAUGAGAUUGAUAUCAAAUUCAAAGAUGUUGCAGGAUGUGAAGAAGCUAAACUGGAAAUAAUGGAAUUUGUCAACUUCCUGAAAAACCCUAAACAGUACCAAGAUUUGGGGGCCAAGAUCCCAAAGGGUGCUAUCUUGUCUGGGCCACCAGGAACUGGGAAAACACUUUUGGCAAAGGCAACUGCUGGAGAAGCAAAUGUUCCUUUUAUAACUGUGAAUGGUUCUGAAUUCCUUGAGAUGUUUGUUGGUGUUGGACCUGCCAGGGUGAGGGACAUGUUUUCAAUGGCACGAAAGAAUGCUCCCUGUAUACUCUUCAUCGAUGAGAUCGAUGCUGUUGGAAGGAAGCGAGGAAGGGGAAAUUUUGGUGGACAAAGCGAACAGGAAAACACUUUAAAUCAGUUGCUGGUUGAAAUGGAUGGAUUUAAUACGAACACCAAUGUUGUUGUACUGGCAGGAACUAAUCGACCUGAUAUACUUGAUCCGGCACUGAUGAGACCUGGACGCUUUGAUAGACAAAUCUAUAUUGGUCCUCCUGAUAUUAAAGGACGAGCAUCCAUUUUCAAGGUGCACCUGAGUCCAUUGAAAAUGAAUCCUAGUAUCAGUAAAGACUCCUUGGCACGGAAACUCGCUGCACUCACUCCAGGCUUCACUGGAGCUGAUAUUGCCAAUGUAUGUAAUGAAGCUGCCCUAAUUGCUGCUCGGUAUUUAAAUGAAUCGAUCCACGUGAAGCACUUUGAGCAGGCGAUAGAACGUGUGAUUGGAGGAUUAGAAAAAAAAACACAGGUUUUGCAACCGGAUGAGAAAAGGACUGUCGCAUACCACGAAGCCGGACAUGCUGUUGUUGGUUGGUUCCUGCAACAUGCAGACCCUCUCCUUAAGGUGUCUAUUAUACCUCGUGGCAAAGGUCUUGGCUAUGCACAGUACUUGCCUAAAGAGCAAUAUCUUUAUACAAAAGAGCAACUUUUUGAUCGCAUGUGCAUGAUGCUUGGUGGUCGAGUGUCUGAACAAAUAUUUUUUGGUCGAAUAACAACUGGUGCUCAGGAUGAUCUGAAAAAAAUCACCCAAAGUGCUUAUGCCCAGAUUGUUCAGUUUGGAAUGAGUGAAAAACUUGGACAAGUGUCCUUUGACCUUCCACGUCAGGGUGACAUGCUGGUUGAAAAGCCAUACAGUGAGACCACAGCACAGAUUAUCGACGAAGAAGUUCGCGUUCUUAUUGGGAGAGCAAGCCAGAGAACCUUCACGUUAUUGAAUGAAAAACGAUUGGAAGUUGAAAAAGUGGCUGAACGUUUGUUACAAAAGGAAGUACUUGAUAAAGCUGACAUGAUUGAUCUCUUGGGACCACGGCCAUUUGCAGAGCAAUCCACAUAUGAGGAGUUCGUAGAAGGAACUGGCAGCUUUGAAGAAGAUACCACUCUGCCUGAAGGUCUAAAGGAUUGGAACCAGGAGAGGGAAGAGAAUAAAGAGGAAUUGCCACAGAAACAGUUGGCGUGAAAUACCUCAAGCAACUUUCUGCCUUUGACAAUUGGAGAGCUUGAUGCUGUCCUAACUUAAUAGUUUGCAUUGCAAAUGCAAGGUGAAACUGAAUAUACUGUAGUUGGAGCAGUUCAUAUUUAAAAUGGCACAUGAUGACUAAAGUAGUAUGAAGCAACUCCUACAGUUCCAUCUUGCAUUGAUCUAACUGGCAUGUUGAUUUAUGAUUCAUUUAGAGAAGGGAUCUGCUAAGCGCGCUGGACUCCUGGAACUCGGAUGAAUCUGAUAAUGUUAUUUUUCUCUGUCUGGAGGGAGUAUUGUGUGUAUCACUUUGCAAAUGAAAGGCAAGGGUAAAUAUAAAGGAGAAUGGGGGAAAAAAGUAAUAAAUUUCAAAUGAUUUCAGCUCACAGUUGCAAAAAGUUUUGGCAUUUUUGCAAAUGUGAAUUUUCAUCUGUGAACAACCACCACCUUUCCUUGUACUUUACAAUAUUUGUGUUUUUUUUUGUUAUCUUAAUUAUUUUCACUAUAUACUGAACAGAUUUUGUAACAUGAAACAUUAAGCUGCUCAGGGUUUAUCUUCUUUUGGAUAAUAUGCCCAGGCUUAACCUAUUGUACAGCAAAUACAUUGAAAAUAAUUCACAAUCAGUAUGGUAUUUCAGGUUGUUUUUAAGUUGCAUUUCAUACCGGCAUUUCUUUUCGUAGGAAUCAACCUAAGCAAAUGCAGCUUACUACGUGGUUAAUUUCUUUUUCGAACUGACCAUGUUUCAGUAACUGUCAGUCUCGUGUCACAAUGGCUAAUAAAUUUCCUAGGUAGUCAAAGUUGAGUUUAUUGUCAUAUAAUGAUUUUCUUAGCAUAUUGUUGCUGGUUGUUCAGAAACUGAUCAGUGUGACAUGUUUUAAAAUAUGUACAUAAUGUCUAGUAUUUAAAUUUAUUGUACUGUAAUGCAGGAUGAAACAAUGAGGUCUCCUUGGGAGAUGAACUGAUUAUAUUGCCAUAGUUGACUACUGGUUUCAAAAGAUAAAUUUCUGAACAGGGUCUUAAUUGGCUUAUUGAUUUUUUUACAUAUUGCAGGCAGUGAAUAAAUAUGCAAAGUAAGUUUCCCUUCUUAAAUUAUUAAAUGAACAAUAAUAUCCCUUUAUGAUGCCCAAGCAUUUGUGUCACAUUUCCAUCUCGAUAUUUUCUACAGAAAAUGUUGACUUUGCAUUUUAUAUCUGCAGCUACUGAAUUCAAGUCUACAGCUUGCAUUCUCUUACCUGUUUUUAACUAAACAGUUCGGAUGACAGUAUCGCUACAAUAAGUUGGUGUAUGCAACUGACUUUUAACCAUGUCAGUACAAGUGGCUUAGUAUUAAUCGUUUAAACGUUAGUAUAUAAGGACUUCCAUGUCCUGAGGAGAAUGGGACCAUUUGGCUAAUGGGAUCAGAGAGUCGACUGUUACAAAUUUCACUUGUCCAACUCAUCCAGCAUCUGUGGAUAUUUUCAGUACCUGCAAUAUGUUGCCUUUUUAAACCUGUGUAACUGCUUUCGUUUAAAAGUACAAAUUUCAUUCUAAGUUACUUCCAAGUUUCUUUCCAAAAGACGAAUGUGUCAAAAAAAAAACUUGAACAAGGGUUAUUAUCUUGUAAACCUGGAAAAGUUCUGCUUAUAGAAUCCGAUUUAAAGCACUAAUGCAUUGUAAAGUAUUCUGGUUUUGUUACCUCUUGCGUAGUUGAUUUUAUUUUUGUAUAUCUGUGAUUCAAAUAUUGAUCAUUGCUUCUGUAGUAUAUCUUGUUCAUCUCUUAGAUAAAACUUUGAAAUCUGUUGUUUCCUUUUGCCAUUUUUAUAUUAAAGUAAGGUAUGGUCAUUGACUUUGCUGUGAUGAUAUUCAUUAAUUCUUAAAGCUUACUGUUCAUCAACUAUAUCAAACCUUUUGAAGAGGCUAAUAACAAUAUCCUCAGUGUCAUGAGGUUUUGACCAAGUCCUUCAAUAUACAUUAAUUGAAUUAUUUGAGUACUGUUUUCCAUGGAUAUGGAAUGAUUACUAAUAAUAGAUUUUGCUGCAGCCUUUUUUGUUUUAGCUCAAAUAAUAAAUGCAGAAAAUUGCCUGGUAUAAAUUCAUUCGUAACAGACAAUGCACUGUUUUACAAUAUAAAUAGAAACCAAUGGUGGAGGUGUUCAGCAGUGAAGCAGAGGAACAGCUGCCAAUUAAUGAAAUUAUUGAUCUGGAAUGAACUGUCCUCCUUUUGCUAAGAAUUUUAGCUGUAAGAAUGCAGCUUAUAUUGGCAUCCUGACUAGUGGGAUUUUAAAGUGUUGCAAUGCGUGGUGCAGUAAUGUAUUAGCUUUCGUAUUUGUUCAUUGAUGAGUUC